AUGCGCGGCCUCCCGUUCAACAUGGGCAGCAACAGAAAGCACGGCGCCCAAGAUGUCGUGGGCGCGGCGGCUUCCAUGGCUGAUGCCGUCGCUGCUGAUACAGCAGCCGUCGUCACGCCGCACCCGGAGAACGCGCAGCAGCCCGCAGAGGGGGUGAAGGUAGAGGACGCGGACGAAGAGGCCCAAAAUCCUCCCGUCGAAAACGAAACCCUGGAGGACAUCAUCGCGGCCCUGUUCCCCACCGCCGCUCCGGACGCCGACACCAUGGCCUCCACCUCCACCGUCGACGAGGGCUACGCCACCAGCACCACCGCCGUCGCCAGCUCCAGCGACACCGAGGUAGAGCAGCCCUCCUCCCCCCAGCGCCUCGAGGGCUUCUUCUUCGUCCUCUCCUCCAACGGCAGCAUCGACUGGGACGCCGUCAGGGACCUCACAGGCUUCUCCCCCCUCGCGGACUUGGCGCUGCCCUCCCCGUCCUCCGACGAUGACGACGAGCGUACCUCCUACUACCACCACGGAUGGGACGACCGCCACGUCGACUGGGAAGUCCUCAACAACAUCGCGGGCCUGCCCUCCCUCGCGGACCUCGAGACCCCCUCCGACCCGCAGGGCGACGAUGACGACGACGACGACAACGUCGUCCAUACGUCCGACUACUACCACUGGCGGGAUGACGACAGCGUCAGCGGCUUUGACUCUGACUCUGACUCGUCUAUACUUUGA